UCUAACACAAAAAAAGUCACUUUUGACUUUUCCAAUUCUCUCUGUAGCAGCGAACACCAUUUCCCCAUCCUCAUCCUCUUCGAACCAACAUCGAUAACGCCCUCCCUUUCUUCGAACUAUUCUCAGCGGCUCCUUCUCCAGCUCCGCCGUCGCAGCCAUCUCCAUAUUCCUGCCGCUUUUUCUUCUGCGGCGGCCCACUGUGUUCGCCUAUUUACUGUCGUAAUUUUAUGUUCUUCUGCGAAGGUGAUUACUAAAAAAAAAAAAACCAGUUAAUUUGCUAAUUGUGAUAAAUUAGCCAUCAAUGACGGUAUGUCGAGUCAAAGAUUUACGACUCCCGUUGAUGAAUGUGGUUAGAUUCAGAGAAGUACCUAUCUUGCAGCAACUUCGCUUGGAGGAAAGACUGCUUAGGACCUCCACAGAUAAUUGGUGCCUUAUCAAUGAUGGAACGAGUGCUCCCACCAUUGUCAUGGGGAUUUCAGGGAAACCUUCUGAACUUCUUGAACUUGGGAGUGUAUUGAAAGAUCAAGUUCCGGUCAUUAGAAGAUUUACAGGGGGAGGCACUGUUAUUGUUGACAAGGAUACUGUUUUUGUCACUUUCAUUUGUAACAAGGAUGAUGUUCCUGGCGUACAACCUUAUCCUCGAUCAAUAAUGUCUUGGAGUGGUUUGUUAUACAGUCAAAUGUUUCAAGGGAUUGGUGAUUUUCAACUUCGUGAGAAUGAUUAUGUAUUCGGUGAUCGUAAGUUUGGUGGAAAUGCUCAAUCAAUAACCAAAAGCCGAUGGUUACACCACACCUCUUUUUUAUGGGAUUAUGAAGUUGGAAACAUGGGCUAUCUGAAGUUACCUGUUCGGGCUCCUAAGUAUCGGUUGUGCCAGCAAAUGAACUCCAGGCAUCUUGUCAUCAAUUGUCUUGGCUGUUCUAUGUUGGAAUGCCUAUUGCUAGUAGUAGCUUGGAUGUAAGACAUGUCGCAUUUUACACAAAGAAACAGAUUUGUUGCUCUAAAAGUGCCUGAUACACACCACUGGAAAUUUUCACUCCUAUGAUCCACCUGUAGAAUUUCAUGGCAUAACGCAAUGGUCACUGGAAUGGUUAUUGGUGGUCUUUAGGCUUCUUGGUCUUAGUCGCCUAUGCAUUUUAUUUUGCUGGUAUAUUUUCUGGUAUUCCAGUUUCUGGAAUUUUUAUGGUUCAUCAUACUUCUGGAUGUAUGUAGAACAUAUAUAAAACUUUAUGUUCAUCUUAGAUAAAUACCAGUUCACACAGAAAUAUAUUUUCAUGUAUAAACAGUUCCAGAUCUCCUACUAGAUCUCCUACUUUCUUAUUAAUUGCCUUUAAUAAUUUGUGGGUAUCCUCAAUUCAUGGCAUUAUCUGUUCCUGGGGGAAAAAUGAGUUACAAUAUAUCACGUGCUUUGCUUGGCUAAGAUUUGAAGUCCAUGGUUC